ACCGCAUUUCUGGCCGAUUCCAGGUUCACCUAGCUGGUUCAAACUAGUCAUUCAACGAUAGUUCAGAAGCCAUGUAUCACAGCUGUGUUGUGGUCCGAGAAACAGCGCGUCAACUAUCGAUGAGCACGUUGGGUCUUCUCGGAUUGUAUGCGACCGGGCCUAGCAGGAUGCGAAAGCCUCCGGUGUGUGGACACAUCUCAAAACCAUGCGGUUGAAGGCUUUUGGUUUUAGACUGGUUCUGAUCAACGUUGGACAAGCCGAUCGACUGUUGUCUGUAACAGGGGCGUUUCUGCGUUGUUUUGUGCAAGGGACUUGUCUCACAUGGGUCGAUCAUGCAAUUGGCCAGAGCAGGGAGGAUGGGUUUAGAAGCAGUGAGAUAGUGAGGCCGACAACAAAAUGGCAGGCUCUCCUAAUGGAUUCAAUGAUGGAGUUCAUGCAGAAGCCAGAAACAAAUUGCCGACCAUCCAGGGAACAGAAAGGGGCAAUGAGGAGGUGUUCGAAAGAAAAUCGGGUCGCAUAGCCUGCUUAUCCCAAGAAAAGUAGCCAGAGGUGCAUG